GGGUGGCUGCUGCGGGCGCCCUCCAAGCGCCCGACCGAUCGCAAGACGCUCGGGAUCGCGCCUCCCGCGGCCACCGGCGAACCCCUGCGGCGCGGCUUCUCCUGGCAGGCGCGGCGGCAGCGGCUGCGGCGGCGGCACCGGUGGUGGCAGGGGCGGCGGUAGCUGCGCCGACACCGCCGGGCGGCGCCUGAGUCUGGACGCGCCAGGAGCGGCUCGAGCCUCCGCCGAUCCACGAACAGGUGUGAAUGAGCCCGACAAGAUGCUGAAACUGCAGAAGAAACAACGGAUUUCCAUGUCAUUUGCAUGAACCCCGCUGUGAAAGGAACCAAGCAAGGACUUGUUAGAUACUUCCCCCCCUUCCCCUGCGGAGCAGUCCCGAGCCUUUGUUCCAGUGUUGUUUAAUAGUGCCCUGUCCUUCUCUUGCCAAGACAAACAUCCCAGUCUCACCGGACGCAUCCCUAAAGCUCAGCUGCUGGCCGGAACAAGAACAUGGGCAAAGCUGAUGGUCCUCGGAAGCCCUCCCAAGGGACAUGGGUCCCCACGGGGUCCAGUCUCCGGAAGCAGGACCUCUCAUGAUGCUGGAGUCUGGGAGUGAGCGCCAUGCCCAUCACCCAGGACAAUGCCUUGCUGCACCUGCCCCUCCUGUACGAGUGGCUGCAGAACAGCCUGCGGGAGGGUGGGGACAGUCCGGAGCAGCGGCUCUGCCAGGCGGCCAUCCAGAAACUGCAGGAGUACAUCCAGCUGAACUUGGCCGUGGAUGAGAGUACAGCCCCACCUGAUCACAGCCCCCCGGAGAUGGAGAUCUGUACAGUGUACCUCACCAAGCAGCUGGGGGACACCGAAACUGUGGGGCUCAGUUUCGGGAACAUCCCUGUUUUCGGGGACUACGGUGAAAAGCGUCGAGGGGGUAAGAAGAGGAAAACGCACCAGGGGCCAGUGCUGGACGUGGGCUGCAUCUGGGUGACGGAGCUGAGGAAGAACAGCCCAGCGGGGAAGAGCGGAAAGGUUCGGCUCCGGGAUGAGAUCCUCUCCCUGAAUGGACAGCUGAUGGUCGGCGUUGACGUCAGCGGAGCCAGUUACCUCGCUGAGCAGUGCUGGAAUGGCGGCUUCAUCUACCUGAUCAUGCUGCGGCGCUUCAAGCAGAAAGCCCACGUGACUUACAAUGGCAACAGUGGCAACAGCUCAGAACCCGGGGAGACACCCACCUUGGAGCUGGGUGACCAAACUUCCAAAAAGGGGAAAAGAACCAGAAAGUUUGGGGUCAUCUCCAGACCCCCUAUCACCAAGGCCCCUGAAGACUCUAAGAGCAGCAGUGGGUGCGACACGACAGAUGACCCCAGCUCAGAGUUGGAGAACGGCACCGACCCCGAACUUGGAAACGGCCAUGCCUUUGAGCUAGAAAAUGGCCCGAAUUCUCUCAAGGAUGUGGCUGGACCGCAUCUGGAGAGGGCAGAAGCGGACAGAGAGGCAGAACUCAGGGUUCCAAAGUUGGAAGAAGCCCCUCUGAGUGACAGCAAUGACAAACGCCGCCUCUCAAAUACUGGGAAGACCGACUUCCAGUCCAGUGAUUGCUUGGCACGGGAGGAAGUUGGCCGGAUAUGGAAGAUGGAACUGCUCAAAGAAUCAGAUGGGCUGGGAAUUCAGGUUAGUGGAGGCCGAGGAUCAAAGCGCUCACCUCACGCUAUCGUUGUCACCCAAGUGAAGGAAGGAGGUGCCGCUCACAGGGAUGGCAGGCUGUCCUUAGGAGAUGAACUGCUGGUGAUCAAUGGUCACUUACUGGUUGGGCUCUCCCACGAGGAAGCUGUGGCCAUUCUGCGCUCGGCCACUGGGAUGGUACAGCUGGUGGUGGCCAGCAAGGAGAGCUCAGCGGAGGACCUUCUGAAGCUAACAGCGAAGAGCUUGCCUGACCUGACUAGUUCAGUGGAGGACUUGUCCUCCUGGACUGACAACGAGGACCAGGAGGCAGCCGGGGAGGAGGAAGAGAGGACAGGCUCGGCCACUGUCCGGGGCACGAUGCCCGGGUCAGAAGAAUCCCAGGAUGUAGGCAGCUCUGAGGAAUCCAAGGGGAACUUGGAAAGUCCCAAACAGGGCAACAGUAAGAUGAAACUCAAGAGCCGACUCUCAGGAGGUGUCCACCGCCUCGAGUCUGUUGAAGAAUAUAAUGAACUGAUGGUACGGAAUGGGGACCCUCGGAUCAGGAUGCUGGAGGUCUCUCGAGAUGGCCGCAAGCACUCUCUUCCCCAGCUGCUGGACUCUACCGGGACCUCACAGGAAUACCACAUUGUGAAGAAGUCCACCCGCUCUCUGAGCACCACCCACGUGGAGUCGCCGUGGAGGCUCAUUCGGCCAUCCGUUAUUUCCAUCAUUGGGUUAUACAAAGAGAAAGGCAAGGGCCUUGGCUUUAGCAUCGCUGGAGGGCGAGACUGCAUUCGAGGCCAGAUGGGAAUUUUUGUCAAGACCAUUUUCCCAAACGGAUCAGCCGCAGAGGACGGCAGGCUCAAAGAAGGAGAUGAAAUCCUAGAUGUAAACGGAAUACCAAUAAAGGGCUUGACGUUUCAAGAGGCUAUUCACACCUUCAAGCAAAUCCGAAGCGGGCUGUUUGUCCUCACGGUGCGCACGAAGCUGCUCAGCCCCAGCCUUACACCCUGCUCCACUCCCACACACAUGAGCAGAUCGAGCUCCCCAAGCUUUAACAGCAGUGGGGGAGCCCCAGCAGGCGGAGGCCAAGAUGAAGGUGGUUCUUCAUCCCUGGGUCGGAAGGCUCCCGGGCCCAAAGACAGGAUUGUCAUGGAAGUCACACUCAACAAAGAGCCAAGAGUUGGACUGGGCAUCGGUGCCUGCUGCUUGGCCUUGGAGAACAGCCCUCCAGGAAUAUACAUUCACAGCCUUGCGCCUGGCUCUGUGGCCAAAAUGGAGAGCAACCUGAGCCGGGGAGACCAAAUCCUGGAAGUGAAUUCUGUGAACGUGCGCCAUGCAGCUUUAAGCAAAGUGCACGCCAUCUUGAGUAAAUGCCCCCCAGGACCUGUUCGCCUGGUCAUCGGCCGACACCCUAAUCCGAAGGUCUCUGAGCAGGAGAUGGAUGAGGUGAUCGCACGCAGCACUUACCAAGAGGGCAAAGAAGCCACCUCCUCACCUGGCCUAGGUACCCCCUUGAAGAGCCCCUCUCUUGCCAAAAAGGACUCACUCCUCUCCGAUUCUGAGCUCUCCCAAUACUUUGUCCAUGACGGCCAGGGCUCCCUGUCUGACUUUGUGGUGGCUGGCUCUGAGGACGAGGACCACCCUGGAAGUGGCUAUGACACCUCGGAGGACGGCAGCCUGCUUCUCUGCCCCCCAGCUCACAAGGAGACAGGCAAAGCCCGGGCCAACAGCCUUGUGACACUUGGAAGCCAGAGGUCCUCAGGGCUCUUACACAAGCAGGUGACAGUCGCCAGGCAAGCCAGUCUUCCCGGAAGCCCACAGGUCCUCAGGAACCCCCUUCUCCGCCAGAGGAGGGUGCGUUGCUAUGACAGCAAUGAUGGCAGUGACAAUGAAGACUUUGAUGGGGAGGGGGACUGUGUCUCCCUCCCAGGAGUCCUCCCUGGUCCCAGCAGGCCUCUGGUAGAUGACGACACUAGGCUUGCCUUGACAACCUCUUCCAAAAGUAUUGAUGUGAACAAGCAAGAGGAGCGACUCCAGAAACCACUGGUCAGCAAGGCCUGCUCCGUGCCUCUCCUCGGCAGCUCACUGGACUCAGAGCACAGCACUCAUGAUGGAGCGGCAGGUACCCCUCCCAAGGCAGCCUCCCUGCCAGGCUCUGUCGAAACCCCCAAGAACGGGCCCAGAGGCUCCAGGAGAAAGGAAAUGUCAGGGUCAAGAAGUUCCCCGAAGCUGGAAUACAGAGUCCCUGCAGACACCCAGAGCCCAAGGAGCCCAGAAAACCGGACCUCCCCGCCACAGAAGAAUGAAAAUCUAUCGCCCAGGCACAAACCCGUGGCCAGGAUCAGCCCACACUACCAGAGGGCUGAUGCUGAGGAGACCCCGGGUGGAACGGCCAAUGGACCGUGCGCUCAGGACUUGAAAGUCCAGGCGUCUCCCACGAAAGAUCCUGUCUCCGGCCGAGCUGCAGAGAAGGAACUUCGGGGAAAUCCCACCCCGGGGGACAGCUCUGUCCCCACCAACUGUGGACCAGCCAGUACCCCAUGCCACCCAAACACUGGACUCCCCACAGAGAACCCGCAGGGAGCUGCACCAGAGUGCGGGCCACACCCUGGGACUGGACGGGAUGGGUCCCCAGACCAUCUCCUUUCCCCCGGGAAGAGCAGGGAAGUUCAUCCUGACUCCAGCCAGACUUCUGCAGUCACCGAGCAAGUCUUCCGGCAUGAACGCCUCAGCCAGCCUGUGUGUCCCGGGACCUCGGAGCCUGAGUCCCAGGACAUAUCUAAAAUAAGGCCACCGAGACAGAGAAGCGUAUCUCCCAGGGAGAGGGCCUCAACUCCUCCUGACUCCAGCAGGGCUUGGGCUGCCCCUGGGGACAGCUCUCCCAGCACCAGGAGAGCAGCUGUCCCCACGAGCACAGGAGCAGCGCCAGCUACAGCCGUUCCUCAACCCUCCCUUGGGGAUCAGGAAAGGAGCCGAGGCCUCUCAGGUCCCAGCAAGGCCCCGGAAGCUGCAGGACUCUGCAUACCUAAAAGCUUGAAGGACAGGGCUCUGCUUGACGACACAGCUGGAAAGGUAUCGCAUGCCAGCCCCUCUGUGCCAGUGAAGACCGACAGGACCCUGUCGGAGAGCACAGAGAGCCCUGUGACAGACAUUGACAAGUUCAUCGGGGAAGCCUCUGAGGCAAGGCUUCCUCAGUCUCCUCUGAAAGCGGACCACAGGGCUCACCAGGACAUUUUUGAGAGUCAGCCACCAGGUGGAGCUGGGGGUGACAGUUGCCACCACCCUCAGACAGUCAGGAGUGACCAGCUGUCCUCCCCGAGGAGGACCGGAGGCACAGACUCACCCCCAGCCCUUCAGUGGACCUUCCGGCCUUCCGUGCUGGAUUCCAUCCAUCCCGACAAACAUUUGACUGUGAACAAAAACUUUCUGAACAACUACUCGAGAAAUUUCAGCAGUUUCCACGAAGACACUGUCUCCCUCUCAGGCCCCGGUGGAGGCUCAGAUCCGUCGCCCUCGUCCAUGUAUGGCGAUGCUGAAGACUCCUCUUCGGACCCUGAGUCUCUUGCUGAAGACCCGCGAGCAGCUGCCAGGAACAACUGGUCACCUCCUCCUUCCCAGGAGUCCUCCCACAAGGAAGGGAGCACCGAGUCUGAGGAUGAGCAGAUAGAAAUCUGUGCCACAGGCGGUUGCCCUGAGACCCCAGUGCCUGCCCAAGCUCCUGCCCAGGCUGCAUUCAAUCCAGGAGCCUCAUACACUUCCACCCUGGACCCUUCCGGGCCAUUUUCCUUCCUGGAUGUAAGCCCUCAGGAGCAUGAGACGUGGGCGAGCAUAAAUGCUUCACCGAGCCACACCCCUGAAUGCACAGAGGAAAUCAUGGCUGUCACCGGCACAAGCUCAGUCAUGGGAGACGGCCAGCCUUCCCAAAUGACCAGACCUUGUCAAACCCCACCCUUUGUCCUUAGGAACCCAGAUAUGGCAAAUGGUUUGGGACGGGACCUGCUGGAUGAGGGAACCCCAAACGAAGGGGCGGCGCCUGCGAGUGUCAUGCGCAGUGUGUAUGCCCUGGGCGCCGAGGGCCCUAAGAAUGGGGAGACAGUUUUGGCAAACCUCCACAUCGCCAAGGGCUGCGACCUGGACGGCUUGCUGCAGAAACCAAAAGCCAUCUCCAGGAGACCUAUCAUGACCUGGUUUAAAGACAUAAAUAAAGACAGCCAGGGCACACAUUUGCAGAACAAACCUGAGAAGGAACAGCCCUCUACCCUGGCUAUGAGUCCUGGCUCGAAAGCGAACACGGCGAGCACCACCCACAGAAAGGGAGUGGCUGUGCCUAAGAGCCCUCCUCCACGGCAGAAGAGUCAGGAGAACAAAGACCUGCCCCCCAAGAGUCCAGUGGAAGCACUAAGUAACUGUCAGAAAGCCAAGUGCAGCCCUCAGCUUAAGAGGCUGAACAGCAAAAACAAAGGCAGUCCUGAGGGACCUGGGGCCAGUUCUGCUAAGGGCAGCAGGACCGAGCACAGGAAGUCCUUGCCUUCACCCCAGGCAUCCCAUAAAAUGCUUCCUAAGGCAGAGUCACACAGGUUCCACGUAGCUGACCAAGAGGAACCUAAGAACACUGCUGGGGACGCCCCUAAGUCUCUUCAGUGCGAUCCAGAGAGCAAGCCACCCCCGGCUGCCUCUGGGUCGCUGAGGACCUCCGCAUCCGACACAAGCAUUCGGACCUUUACGUGUCCCCUGACCUCCCCCAAGCCCCUCCCUGAGCAAGGUGCGAACAAUAGGUUCCACAUGGCUGUCUACUGGGAACCUGACACAAGUUGUCCAACCACCUCCUCCAGGUCCCCUAGGUAUGGAGCAGAGGGCAAGGUGCCCCAUGUUAACUCUGGGUCAGCGAGUCCCUCAGCAUCGAGGACCAGCAUAGCCUUGGCAGGGAACAGACAGAGCAAGCAGUUGGCGCCCAGCCGGGUAGACGCGGUGAUAUCAGAAGCAGCCCAGCCCCAGGGCGUCGGUGAGAAAGGAGCAGAAAAAAUGGCUAGUGACCCUCUAGAAAGGACGAACCAGCUGAAAAUCGUUGAGAUUUCUUCUGAAAGAAUGCCAAAGAAUGUGUGUGGUGACAAGCCACCCGAUAGUGACAGAAAGGGAGGACUCUUGACCCAGAGCACCUGUCAGGAGAAGAAUUCGGUCAGACUCCGGCAGUCUGCGGAGUCGUCCCCAAAGCAUCCACCCUUCCCUCCGUCCCAGGUGGACCGGGAAAUGCGCUGGUCCUUCAGUUCAGCCAGACUGGCCGCCGCCUCCUCCCCACAGCUGCCUGCCAAGAUGCCAGAGGCCUCCCAGGACAAACCAAGCCAAAUGCCAGCCUCUGUAGGGGUGCCCAAGAACGGGGUACCCAUAGGCCUGGCCGGAGAAGAGCAUCCCUACUUUACCCCAAGGCCAGCCACCAGGACUUACUCCAUGCCAGCCCAGUUCUCAAGCCACUUUGGGCGAGAAGGACCUUCCCCACACAGCCCAAGUCACUCUCCUCAGGACCCCCAGGGCUCUGCGGUGAGUGGCAAUCUCUCUGAGAAGACAGCCAAAGGCGUGACUCACGGGCAGGGCGUAUACAGUGUGAAGCCUCUGCUGGAGACCCCAAAGAACCUGCCCCCGGUGGAUAUGGGGGACAUCGGUGCGGUCCCUGAGCCGAGCUGCCUCAUCCCAGACAAAGUCCAAGUCGCCAGGAGACACUACUGCUGCGAGCAGAAUUGGCCCCAUGAAUCUACCUCGUUUUUCUCUGUUAAGCAGCGGAUCAAGUCUUUUGAGAACCUGGCCAAUUCUGACCGGCCCGCGCCCAAGCCUGCCCCAUGCCCGUUCCUGUCCGUGAGCUCCAAGCCCCCCGUUAGCAGACGGUCAUCUGGCAGCGUCGCUUCGGGGAGCCCCGGUGAUGUCACCGCAAGGUCCCUGAGACGCAGCUUGAGCUCCUGCAGUGAGAACCAGAGCGAGGCCGGCAGCCUUGUCCCGCAGAUGACGAAGUCGCCGUCCAGCAUGACGCUGACGGUCUCCAGGCAGAACCCACCAGACACGAGGAACAAGGGCCCCAGUCCAGACCCAAAGAAAUCACUUGUCCCCGUGGAAACUCCUGCCGCCACGGGGAGCCCGGCCUCACCCAUCAAGAGGAACAAGUCCUCCGUGCGCCACGCCCAGCCCUCCCCAGUGUCCCGAUCCAAACUCCAGGAGCUGAGAGCCUUGAGCAUGCCGGACCUGGACAAGCUGUGUAGUGGCGAGGACUGCUCUGCCAGCCCAGGGGCUGUGCUCUUUAGAACCCAGCUGGAGAUCACCCCCAAAAGGUCGCAGGGCUCCCCAGCCACCUCUCCAGCCGGCUCCCCAGCUACAGGCCAUGCAGAUCUCAACGGAUCAGCCUUCCUUUCAUGUCCCGUGAACGGUGGCACCAGAGUCUACCCGAAAGGAGGCAGCCCUCCUCCAGCCAGUGAGCCUGCGGUACCCACUGGAUCCAGGGAAGGGCACGGUGAAUCUUUGCGGGCCAUGCCUGCUGGGAAAAGCUGGUCAGUGAAUCUGGGUCAACUCCUAUCCUCGUCGAGGGACCAGCAGAGAUUACAGGCCGUCUUGUCAUUAGUGGGGUCAGACUCCCCCCUCCUCACUCUCAUUCAGGAAGCGAAGGCACAAUCAGAGAAUAAAGAAGAUAUUUGCUUCAUAGUCUUGAAUAAAAAAGAAGGCUCGGGUCUGGGAUUCAGUGUGGCAGGCGGGGCAGACGUGGAGCCCAAAUCAGUCAUGGUCCACAGGGUGUUUUCUCAGGGCGUGGCUUCUCAGGAAGGGACUGUGAACCGUGGGGACUUCCUUCUCUCCGUCAAUGGCACCUCCUUUGUUGGCUUAGCCCACAGUGAGGUCACGAAGGUUCUGCACCAGGCAGAGCUGCACAAACAUGCCCUCAUGGUUAUCAAGAAAGGGAGCGAGCAGCCCAGGCCCUCCUUCGGGCAGGAGCCUCCCUCGGCCAAUGGGAAGGGUCUGUUCCCCAGAAGGACCUCACUGCUGGAGUCCGGGGCUGGGAGAAACGGAGCUGCUCCGGAUGCUGUGUGUGUUGAAGUGCUGAAAACCUCUGCUGGGCUGGGACUCAGUCUGGAUGGAGGAAAGUCAUCCGUAUCUGGAGAUGGCCCACUGGUCGUCAAAAGGGUGUACAAAGGUGGUGCCGCGGAACAAGCUGGAACAAUAGAAGCGGGUGAUGAGAUCCUUGCUAUUAACGGGAAGCCCUUGGUUGGGCUGGCGCACUUCGAUGCCUGGAACAUUAUGAAGUCUGUUCCAGAAGGGCCUGUGCAGUUAGUGAUUAGAAAGCACAGAGAUUCGUGAGUUUUUACAGGAAUCUCCUUCCCCUAGAUUCACUUCUUUAUCAGAAUGACUUUUAAACAAUGGGUUCUUGAAUCAACAAACAGCUUAAACGGAUAUCCACGAUUGUACUUUUAUACGAAGCCAAGCCCGAACUCUGGAAACCACCUACCUGGACCGCCAGGGCUGGGAGGUCAUCAUUUCAUUCAAUUCAGUGCCUCGGAUGGAGAGUGAGUGCUCCUCCCCUGGAGCACUCAGCUGCACCUUCGCAACCCUCUUAUCACCUCUCCCAGCAUCAGUCCUGUGAGUAGGGAAGAGGGGGAUAACACAAAUGCCCCAGCCAAAAUGAUCUAUGUGUGUAGAGUUAUGUGAUUUUGUAAGUAAACGACAUAGUGCUUUUAGGUACAUGCAGUGGAAGGCAGAGCUAUGGGGUCUACGCAUGUUACCUUGAAAAGGAAAAUGAGACUUAAAGAAAAUGAAUUUAUGACCUAAUUGUUAGGCAGAGCUCAGGAAUUACCCAACAGUGAAAGAGAUGACAAUUUUUAAAAAGUGCUAUUUUUUAAUGAAAGUAAUGUCUGAUGAGAACUAGGAAGUUCUGAUGGUUUUUCUGUUUCAGAGUGUAAGUCAUAAGGCUGUCCCAGAGCGACAGUUCGGAUGAAUUGCAAUAAAUAGCUGUGAGCUUCCCUGCUUGGGAGGACGUUCUAGCCUGAAAAUCUAGGUUUUCAAACUUGAGUACAUGGUCGAAUUCAAGACUGGUCAAAUACAUAUAAGCAGGCAGAGUUGUCACCAUUUUUCUGUUUCCACACACACGCCCCACCACCGUAAAGGAAUUAGAGUGUUAAAUCCUCAACUUACAAAUGUAGGCAUUCUACAAUCCAAACUGAGGAACGUCUGGGCAUCCUCCUCAGGGAAAUUUUUUCUCCUUUUCCCCUCCAGACCUAAAGAAGCAUAGAGUUUGUCGUCCAGUUCUCUUCCCUGACAGAGCUCUAUAGUAGCUAUUUUGUUUUUUUCCCAUUUUGCAAUUCUUUCUCUUGCCAAAACUGGGGUCCCACAGACCAUUCUGACUCAAGCUGCUUGUGAGACUCCUCGGGCUGUGACGGCUCUGGAGCCCCUCCUCCUCCUCCUCACAAGCUGGCUUUUUUCUCCCUUUGCACUGACCAUCAUUUUCUUAAAUCCCAAAGCCUCACCAGCUUCAUUUACCAAACAAGGAAAAUGGAAAAACAGGGUGAGUCAUUCUCAAGGAAAAGGACUACAGAUAGUGUUCACCACCCUACCCUCAGGUGGUGCCACCCAGUGCUGGGUCCUGGAGGGUCUUGGGUGGAAACUGCGUUUGCGAAUCCCGCAUGCGUGAUGCCACGGUUUCGCUGAUCUCGUUAAACAGCUGAGUCUAGGAGAAAGUCCGCUGAGGUGCUUGAGCUGCUGCUGCCUUUGUAUCUUAUCAUCUGAGCCCGAUCCUGCUGGCCGUCUGCAGAGGAGACCCAGAGAGGGCGUCCCCUCCCCCACCACCCCCUCACCCCCCCACCUCCCCGUAUGUGGGCGCAAAAUAACUGGCUUGUUUUCCAACAGGUCUCACAAAGAAAGCUACAGUCCAGGAGUUAGCUAGGAGAGAGAUCCUGGCUUAGCAUCUACUCUUCCUUACAGUUACAAGUAGGAUACUCUAAGACGUCAGUGCAAGGUGCAUGCUAGGUUGUUGUUUAAGUCUCCGGGUCAGUUUCUGCUUUCUAACCUGAAUGAUAAUUUAAAGUCAGCAUGGAAAACCAUUUCUUUCCUUCCUUCCUCUUUUGCCUCUACCCCUUCAGAGUCAUGCCUAUUAAGUCCUUUGUGAACAGACAGGACCUUCGGGAGCAAUGGUCUCUUUCCAAGUGUCCCCAAAGCUCCUAUCUGAAGAGUACACGGACGACCUCUGGCUUACUCUUAUUAAGUCAUCAGGCAUUUGGACCAGAUCUUUCCAGAAAGUCUUCCCAGCUAACUGGGAAUGUAAGGGAAGAAGCCAGACCUAGCCCCGUCUCCCUGACCCUGAGGUAGAAAGCUAUUUAUUUGUGUUCAGUGUUCAAGGCAUGACUAGGAUUGCUAAUUAGUCUAAUAAAUCCCCACAUUUCCUGCAGUGAACACUAAUGGUAUUGUUCAAACCCUUUUUUCUUUCUUUGUAAGUGGUCAGUCAUUCACAGUAAGCUCUGAGGUAAAAUGUGCUAUAACAUUCACACCAUAGUUGUAAGACGAUACCGUGAAGGCUCACAGAGGUUGGGUUUCAUUCCCACCCCCGCACAUAUCGCAUUGCAUUGUAGGGUUGACUUUAGUUGGCGCCACACCUGUACAUUAUACAUUAUUCUUUAUUUAUGUAAAAUAAAAAUGCCUUAUAUAUUAAAGAGUAAGUGCAAUAAUACGAAAUGGCCUGUACAUUUAAAAAAAUGUUGCCAAGUUAUGUAAAUCCACAUCUCUGUAAACAAUUUUUUAAAUAAUUUUCAAAAAAUAAAACACUGCUUACUACUUG